UAAGGCGACCGAAGGGAUAUUGCUUCUGCAGUUGCUGGACGCACGAGCGCGACCCCUCUGUUGCAUUCGCCGCGGUGGUGCGGCGUCGACGGUGGAGCCCUGGACACGAUUGGGCCCGCGGCGAUGCCAUUUGUCUGCGUCGUCACCCUCGUAACCCCCGUGGCGUCCUGCGACGCGCCGCGUCAAAAGCGACGCCGGCGCCCCGCCGCGGAUCCAACGGCGACCGACCGGCGCGCACCUUCGACGGGAAAUCCCGCUUUCCCGCGCGCGCGUUCGAACUCCCGGCGCGUAUGCGCGCGUGCGCCCGAGUCCUUUUUCUUUUUCUGUACGUCCGUGUUUCUCCUUCCGAUUUCCCUCCUUCAUUGACGAUCGGGCCUUCUUUUUUUUAUUUGUCUCCUAUGUGGGCGGCGCUGUUCCCAUUGGUCCCCGACUCGAUCCUUCGAUCACGUGACCGGGAGUACGCGGGCGCGCGCGCGCCUUAUAAAAACGGGUGCCGGUGGGAAGCGCUUUCCCGUGGCCAAAGAAAGAACCUUCCGCGCACAUUAUACGUACGUGAACGUACCGAGCGCUGAGACACGCGCAGCUGGAUCGCGCGAUCGCGGGGUGGGUUGGUGAGGAUUCAUUAGAUACAUGUAGAGUCGACAAGUAGCUGGAAUAGCUGUGCACAACAUAGUGAACCGGGGAAUAUAGUGAGAGAUAAAGAAUAUCAUCAGGCGUAUAGGUGCCGAGGAGGCAACGAGCAAAAUCUGUUGAUCUCUUGAUAAAGCAAUAUAGACUUAAAAAUCAGGGGGAGGCCGAGAUAGAUUCUGCUGUCUGUACUCCACUGCUACCGCUGCACUGAUGGGAGCUGCCGGCAAGGGCCGCAUAGUGGCCACCAUGUCCUUGGCUUUGCUGGUUGGUCUGCUGGUCCUGCAGAUGACGGCCGUGCUCGCUCGUGCGGACCCCGAGGAAGUGGGCGGCAACGUGGUGGAAGCGCUACGCCUGCUUGAGCAUCUCGACAAGUACUACUCGCACGUCAACCGGCCCAGGUUCGGAAGAAGCGUUCCGGUCCGGUUCUCAGGCGGCUCGAUGUCGUCGACGUCCGAUGAGUACGAGAGAUAGCACAGGCAGGCGUCGCCGUCACCGAGGCACAGGAAACCCAGUCACGCCCUCCUUCCAGGACACCGGUGGUUCCAGCACGUCCAGACAGCAUCGCAGCCGAGUUUCUCGAAGCACCGAAAAAAAGAAAACGCAGGGAGCGGAGACACUGGAAAAAGACCCAGCGUCCGCAACUCGGCUCCUCUAACGGGAGAAGUCGCACUCGCCGGCGACGUUCGUCCUCCUCUGCGUGCUGUGCUGGACACUGUCUCGCGAUUCGCGAUCGCCAUGCGGACAUGGAGCGCGUGGCAGGCGUUUCACCGCACGGCACGCGAGAAGAAAACCGAAAGACCGUAACUGUCCAGCUAGCGCCAUGAUUCCCACCCACUCCCUUAACCCUACUCCUGAACGCCACGCCAUGUUCCAGCGUCUGAAAUAAAGACCCCCGAUGUCGCCAUUUUGUACUGGCACGCCCGAGAGCAUCUUCUACGGGUAUUCUCUGUGUCAGUAAAGAACAAGAGGUAGAAAAGCUGAAAUAAAGCCUAGUAGCACA